AUGAUAUAUUUACCAACAUUAAUUUCAGUAGUAGAAGUGUUAAUAGUAAUUGUUCCAGUAUUAUUAACUGUAGCUUAUGUAACAGUAGCGGAAAGAAAAACCAUGGCUAGUAUGCAAAGAAGAUUAGGUCCUAAUAUAGUUGGAUACUAUGGGCUUUUACAAGCGUUUGCGGAUGCCUUAAAACUUAUAUUAAAAGAAUAUAUUUCACCAACACAAGCUAAUUUGGCUUUAUUUUUUUUAGGUCCAAUUAUUACCUUAAUCUUUUCAUUAUUAGGUUAUCUAGUAGUACCUUAUGGUCCAGGAUUAGCUUUAAGUGAUUUGAAUUUAGGUAUACUUUAUAUGUUAGCAGUUUCUUCUUUAGCUACGUAUGGGUCUAUAGCGGAAACUAAUAGACCUCCUUUUGAUUUAGCUGAAGCUGAAUCGGAACUAGUUAGUGGAUUUAUGACAGAACACGCAGCUGUUAUAUUUGUAUUUUUUUUUUUUGGCUGA